AUGACAAGAUCUAAAGAAACAAUUGCAGAUAUUGCUUGUGGAAAACAAAAAUCAAGAAGAAUAGGAAAAAUAGUAGGCGGUCAAGACGCAACUAAAGGUGAAUUUCCAUGGCUUGUUUCGAUCACUAGAAGAGGUGGCCACUUCUGUGGAGGAACUGUCAUCAAUAACAGAUUUAUCAUGACUGCUGGACACUGCCUUUGCACAGGAUCUGGACCAACUGAUUUCCUGAAACCAUCUUCCAUCAAAAUUACCCUAUCGCAGCAUGAUUUAACAAACAAAGAAAGUGACGCUUACCAGAUGGGGGUAGAAUCCAUCAGAGUGCAUUCAGAAUACAGUUGCAACAAGCCAAAAAAUGAUAUUGCCAUUCUGGAAUUGCAAAAACCCAUAGUUUGGUCCGAUUCUGUAUUGCCAGCGUGUCUUUCCUCCAGUAGCAAAUUAAGAAAGUUAAGUUCGUUCGAUAACAAUCUGGCAACAGUGGCUGGUUGGGGAUGGACCCACGAAGAUCAUUCAGCAGGAAGUCGAGCUAAAACUUUACAGAAAGCCAAAGUUAACAUUAUACCAAAUGAAAAAUGCAGGAAUUGGUUUUCCUCUCAAGGAAAGAAAACCAAAAUUCAGGAUAAACAAAUGUGCGCAGGUCAUGAACAAGGAGGAGUGGAUGCUUGCUGGGCUGACAGUGGAGGUCCAUUAAUGGUCGCAACAGGAGAAUCCGAAAUGUAUAUGAUGGUGGUUGGUGUUGUUUCUACAGGAAUUGGUUGUGGUAGACCAUUUCUACCAGGAAUUUAUACCAGGGUUUCUGAAUACAUUUCAUGGAUUGAAGAAGUUAUUAAAGCAUAA